AUGCUGAUAGUCUACAUUGCCUUUCUGCCAAAGGAUGGUCCUGCACCGCGACAACUUCCACCAAUUGUGGAAAAGCAUGACAGAAUUGCGACUGAUCUCUGCUGGAGGGUCGUGGUUCUAUUGACUGUCGCCAAGGGUAUCCAAGUACUUGUAUUUGGUCUCGGCAAAAUCUACUGCAUACAAGCGCUGCUGGUCGGCGUGGCAAAGGCUUUGUCGUGGUUCUUCCUACUUCGCACGAGGCGACAUGUUCCAUGGUGCAUUGCCCCUGCAACCCGGACCUUCAGCGUGAUCGCUGCUUAUGAUCCGUUCAAACUAUCUUCAGGGACUUCUGCUCUGUUCAACGUUGUAGCCUCGGCCCUCGCUCUGGCUCAAGUCAUCCAUGUCCUUCCAGAUCGGACGAAGUACAAACCCUAUUUGUGGGUCUUGUUGCUUGCAUCGCUGGCGCCCUACCUAGCGAACCUCUCGGCGGUCCGAACUUCGCAGGCUGCAACGCAGCAUGCGUUCAGUGGUUCCCUCGAGCAUCCUGUCGAUAAAUUGAUCAACAAUGCCAAAUCAACAUUCGAGGGUCUCGUUCAGCGACAGUCUAAGAGCUACAAGUCUGCCCAUGAAGAAUAUCGAAGGAGAUACGGCAUCGAGCCACCCGUUGGCUUUGAGGAGUGGUACAACUUUGCAACAGCACAUCAAUCGCCUAUCAUUGACGACUUCGACACCAUAUACAACUCUGUCUCUCCCUUUUGGCGAUUGAGCGGCAGCGAAGUCGUACAAAUCAUGGAGGAGGUCCAGUCCACAGCCGGAAGCGAUGUAUGGUCCUGCGUAGUUUCUAGUGAAGGAUCAAAGACACAUUGUCAGCAUCCUUUCCGCAGAUUCGACAGGAACAUACAAUAUUCUUUUGAGAAGCUGCUGAGAGACUUGUCUGACAAGAUUCCCGAUGUCAAAUUUCUGGUCAAUCAUCUCGAUGAGCCACGGGCGCUUGUUCCACCCCAGACGCCAGGAACCAGCAAUCAUGGCUACGACAAAUUCACCCUGAAGGACUUGUCACACCGGCCUACAUGGGAUAUAGUCACCAAGAGUUGUGUAUCCUCACGACGACAUAGCUCAAGGGCACCCACAGAAUCUGCGAAAGAACUUUCUCCGCUUCCCUUCGUGACGAAUGUGUCGUCAGCUAUGGAUCUAUGUUUACAUGCAGAGUACCGCGAUUCGUACGGUCUCUUUACACACCCAACGUCGUUCCGACCAUUCGAAGGUUUAAUACCAAUCUUUUCAACUGGCUCGCCCUCUACAAUGGGCGAUAUCCUCUACCCCAGUCCGGCAUACCUGGAAGCUGAAUUUCAAUACGACGAAGCACAUGACGCCAAGUGGGAGAAGAAGACGAACAAUCUGUACUGGGUCGGUUCGACCACUGGCGGCUAUGCUUCUGAUGACCAGUGGCGCAACCUGCAUCGCCAGAGAUUCGUUGCCUUGGCACAGAAUCUCGAACACAAGCAUCAUACAUACUUGCAAGACGUGGGAGGCGUGGUGACGGGCGUAGCGUCAAAGUUCUUGAACGCGAGGUUAUUCGAUGUCGCCUUCACAAGAGUUUUCCAAUGUCCGUGGAAAUUUUGCAGAGAGCAAAAGGCAUAUUUCCGAACCAAACCUUGGGCAGACAAAUACAAAGCCUUCCGUUCUAAAUUGACAUUCGACAUGGAUGGCAACGGCAUUAGUGGGAGGUACUACCAGCUUCUGGCUUCAAAGUCGGUGGUUUUGAAGCAGACGCUUCUUCGAGAGUGGCAUGAUGAUCGCUUGGUGCCUUGGGCGCAUUACGUGCCCGUCAGUCAAGGUCUAGAAGAGCUACCGGAAUUGGUAUCCUAUCUCACGACGAGCGUGAGGGGGCAGCAAAAGGCAAAAGAAAUUGCAGAUCUUGGUCGAGAGUGGCAUGCAAAAGCGUUCCGAGAAGUUGAUCUUAGCAUUUAUGUUUACCGAUUGUUGUUGGAGAUGGCGAGGCUACAGGAUCCGAAGCGACAAGCGGUGCAUAUCUCAAAAUGA